AUGGAUGCUGAGGACUCAAAUAGCCCAAGGUCUAGGUCUAGGUCUCCACAUGAACAUGAUGAGAGACAUGAAAGUACGGUGAGUGAAGAAUUUACACCUGGCAAUGCAAGAAGGGCGAGGGGUAGAGGAAGGGGACGUGGAAACACCAGGAGGGGAAGGGAACCAAGAAGAGGAAGAGGCGCUAGAAGAGGUAGAGGAGCCAACCAAGGAGUUGGAUCCAACAGGGCAGAGGUAGCUGCAGCUACCUUAGAGGAGAGGAAUCGCCAGUUGCAGGAAAGAAUUUCUCGUUUGACGGAGGAAGACCUGAGGGGACUUGUGAGUUCCAUUGCCACACAACACCCUGGGUUUGUCUUUGAUGUCCUGGACAAAGACGACACUCAACAAGGUGGGCAUCAUCCUUCGCCCAACAGUUCAGUCCCUGACUGGUGUACCUGCACCUACUGUAGGGAGAUGCCAACUGAGGCGGAGAGGCGGUGUUGUGGCAGAACAAGUCUGAACUGCUACUCCCGGAUACCAGACUUCUUCUUGAUAGUCUUAGAUGAGGCAGUGCUUGCUGUGGCAAGAAGGCUUCAGGAGGAGUUACUCAUCAUGCCUCAGGAUGAGGAUUUCAAUAGGUCAAAUCGCUUUGCAGCCUAUAGGCAAUAUAUUGUCUGGGUACAUGGAAGACUAGGGGCAGGAGAUCGUCGAGUGAUCCCAAGCUGCUGUGUGUGGAGGAUCAGGGAUAAAUAUCCCAAUCCAUUUGGACAAUAUAAAGGUUUUGUAGGGGGGAGGUAUAAUUAAAUGUGAAGAAAACCAACAUGUUUUUAUUUUUGCUUUAAAGUCAGGAAGUUUUCGUAGUGGGUAUUCCCAUGUGUUGUCAGAACUUAAAAUGAUAAUUCUGGAAUUUCUGUUUUUAUUUGUUACCUUAGGUGAUGUGCUGUCUUCAUGUCAUUGUCUCAUAACCAUUUUUUUACUUUCAACAUAUGACAUAUAAAUAUGUGAUAAAAGUGAAUAUUGAAAUGAUUUAUACUUCAUUUGAACUCUGGUGGAUAGUUGUCUCAAUGGCAAUCAUACAACA